AUGAAAACUGAAACACUUUGUUUUCAUACAACAGACAAAAAAAGAUUAAGGAAAAUAAAUAUCAAAAGACAAAACAAUUUUGCUGUGAAUGUUGAAAACCUCAAGAACAGCUCUCAUUUAAUGCAUGAAAACUUUUGCAAGCCCAAAUAUUCACCUGCUAGAUUUAAAGCCUCAAUGUGCCCAUUCAUAAUCCUAACAACACUUCAAAAUCAAGACCCUUCAAAUCUCUUGGCCGUACUUACUUAUAAGCAUGAUGAUGAUGUUGUUAAAAAUUCCUGGCCGCAUGUUGUUAUCUUACGACCUUUCUCUAAUUAUUUUAACGAAUGCAGUGAAGUUAAAUUCGCGAACAGAAUAAGGAAGGCGAAUAUUUUUUGA